CUCCCAUUCAUACUAGUUUGUCCAGUCGAGCACUAGAACCCCGAAUAAGAUGUAUGGCUGAACAUAAGCAUCGCUGGGUAGAAACACUUAAACGAGAUUGUCUCUUAAGGCCCGUAGACUUAGCCCCCCGCAUUUACGUAGGCAGGCUCAAGCAUCAACCCAUGAUGCUUGAAAACGCAUCUAUUGGAGGAGAUCGACCAAGCUUGCAGCAGGGUAACAUUCAUGUGCAUAGCUUGAUCGAGCUUGGGUCUGCUGGUCGCCUGCGAAGCCGGGGACACCGCUUACUACCGACCGUAGGAUUCUGCACUGGAACGGCAGAUGGGAAGACCACCAUUACUGCGGCUCACUCCGAAUUCACGUAUAUAAGGGGACUGCAUGCUCUCAUCUCUGUGCUCCACCAUCGGCCUCUGUCUUCAGCUCAGUGUUUCCCGGUGCCUUCUUCACUCACUCACUCUCUUUUUACCUAAUCAUGUAUACUUCUACCCUUCUCGCGGGUGCCGCGCUCAUCUCUUCUACUGUGGCCCAAGCCCCUUAUGGCCUCAAAUGGAACUUCAACUCUACAAACUUCUUCGAUGAGUUUCAGUUCGUCGAGAGUCCGGACACUGCCUUCACCAACGGUUUUGCAAACUAUGUGGGACAAGAUGAGGCUGUUGGUAGUGGCCUCGCCAAAAUCGCCAACAACAAGGUCCGCCUCGGUGUCGAUACUACCAACACGUACGCCGCCAGCAGUACUGGGCGCAAAAGCGUGCGUCUCCAGAGCUGGGGAUACUUUGACAAUGGUCUCCUCGUAGCCGACUUCGAGCACGUUCCCGCAGCCGGUUGUGGCAUGUGGCCCGCUUUCUGGGUUUACCAGGGCGAGACGUCAGCCACUUACUCUGAGAUCGACAUUCUCGAGAACGUAAACCGAGAGUCACGCAACUCGCACUCAUUCUACACCAGCGAGGCGACUUGCAGUGUCAACCGCGUGAUUCCGAGCACCAGUGAACGCACUGAGAACUGCCACUACGAUGGAGGCGACGGUCAGGGGUGUAGCUAUUCUGCGGAUGCGGGCACUUUCGGCCAAGGUUUCAACGACGGUUACAAGGUGAUUGCGUUGCAAGUCGAAGAGGAUGGUAUCAAGAUCUGGCACUUCAAGAAGGGACAGGUUCCUGCGGAUCUUUCGGGUAACAAUCCUGCGCCCCAGAGCUGGAGCCAGAAGCCUUCUGUGCAUCUGACUCCCAAGAACUGCGAUUUCAGACGCGCGUGGAGGAUGUUCCACGUUGUCAUCAACAUCACCUUCUGCGGCGGUUGGGCUGGCGAUGAAGGUGGCAUGUGGGCUAAUAAGGGUUCGGGCGACAAGUCUUGCAGAGACCAGACCGGUCAGGGUUCAUGCAAGUCGUGGGUUGGAGGUAACCCGAGUGACUUCAAGAACACGUACUUUGAGUUCAACAACAUCAAGCUUUUCCAGCGUCCGUAG